ACUCCCAGAUGGUCUGUGUUUGAGGCAGUGUUGCAGAGUUUUCGGCGGUGUAUGUUGGAGCGUGCCGUUCCGGUGUGGUUGCCGGGGGUAAUGCUGCGAGGGCAGGCUCAGGGUAGAGUCAGUCUGCACCAGCAUGUGUGUGUGCAUAUGUGUGCUUGUGUGGCUGUUCUGCCCGCUCAGCACUUCGCUCCAUUGGAGCGGUCACUAUUAGCCACCGUAUUGCAGGCAGAAACGCAGACGGCUGUCUUGGCCACAGAUGUCUGGUGCUUCCUGGCACGGUAUGGCACGGCCGAGUUGUGUUUUCAUCAUGUUCUCCUUCUUGCUCACCUGAUAAGGUCAUGUCCUGGUGAGGGUUAUCAGCUGUUUCACUUGGCCCUGCUUCUUAGACGUCUGCUAUUUCUCAUGACACCAAAACACCAGAUGGCAAAAUGGUGCAUUCAUAAAUGUGAUGAAGUGCUUUUUUUGUGA